GUAUAAGGUAUGGACCUAUUCCAGUCUACGACAAAGUGAAAAUAUUCAGUAUAUAUAUCGAUAGAUGUUUACAAAAUAUUGCGGAUCAGCUAAGUUGAUUAUACAACAAAACUUCUGGAUGGAGUUUUGUUUAAAAGUGUUAAUGUUAAAAAUUAUUUCAAAGGAUUAAGUGUAUAUCUUGAAAAGCAAUGGAAAUAUCGACAGGACUGAUAUUAUCAAGGAAUGUGGUCACGAAAAGAUAAACUUUUGAAAAAAGGAAGUGAGCAUUUGUCUUCUUGUGUGAUGCAUGUUUCUGUGAUAAAUAUACGUAUUAAAACUCCAUCAUGUCCAACAUUUGAGAUUAGUGAGAGAUAUGGACAUACAAUUCUGUGAUAAGCAUUGUUAGUUAAAACGCAUCUUUAUUUGUGAAAAUGCCAUUAUCAAGACAACGAAAUUAUUCUACAACACACGGACAUCCUGAGGACAACCAUUUCACUCAUUGCGACGUUUUGGAUGCAUUGCUGCAUGAACUCAGUCGUGGUGCAUUGCUUCACAAGAUAAAGGGCGGAGGAAUUCUGUACACUCGAGAGUUCUUCCUCGAUAGUAAAUCACUCAGGCUCUUCUAUACUGGAUCACAGAGAAGAUUUAGGAAGAAAAGUACCUCCUGGCCUUUGUCGUCGAUAGAAGAGGUUAGAGAAGGUGAGAAGGAUUAUGCCAAGCGCCUGGAUCACCAUGAUAGAGGGAAGGCAUUUUGUGUGGUGUUUGGGUCCAACCAUAACGUCCUGUAUCUGCUUGCUCCAAACUACGACAUCAGGGACAAAUGGAUCAAAGGGCUUAGAUAUGCUUUACAGCUCAAUCAGUUCCUUAAACAGAAAGAAAGUGAUAAAUUCUGGAUCUGUGAAGCAUUUGACCGUGCUGAUAAAAAUUCUGACAACAGACUCGAUUUUGAGGAGGUUAUGACAUUGUUAAAGGGCCUCAAUGCCGACAUGGACAGAGGUUAUGUCCGGGAAAUGUUCAAUGCUGCAGACUGUAGACGAGUGAAAGGGGAAAAACCCACCUUAGAUCGUGAAGAAUUUGUGCAGUUUUAUACUGUACUUACAGAAAGACCAGAAGUUGAGGAAUUAUAUGCAAAAUAUGCCAAGGAUGUUGGUUACAUGACAGCAUCAGACUUACAGAUGUUCCUUACACAUGAUCAGAAGGAGACUGGAGUGACUAUAGAAAGAUGUAAAGAGAUCAUUGUUGUGUAUGAACCUCAGCCAGAAAUGAAGAAAGGUGAAAAAAUGAGUCUCAUUGGUUUCCGUUGUUUCUUGGUAUCUCAGCAGCAACAUUUAUUCAACAGAAGUCAUCGGCGUGUCUAUCAAGAUAUGACCCAACCAAUGACAAACUACUUUGUUAACUCAUCUCAUAAUACAUACCUAGCAGAAGAUCAACUAAAGGGACCAAGUAGAGUUGAAUGUUACAUAUCAGCACUGAAGAAAGGAUGUAGAUGCAUAGAGUUGGAUUGUUGGGAUGGAAGUGAUGGGGAACCAGUCAUAUACCAUGGUUACACAUUAACAUCAAAAAUCUUGUUCCAAGAUGUCAUCAGAGCAGUGAAAGACUACGCAUUUGUCACCUCACCGUAUCCUGUUACAUUGUCCAUUGAAAAUCAUUGCUCCAUAGAACAGCAAAACAAAAUGGCAGAAUAUAUGAUAGAAAUAUUUGGAGACAUGUUACAUUACUACACAAGCUUGCCUGAAGUCGCACCUUCUCCUCAUGAACUGAAAAACAAAAUUCUUGUUAAGGGUAAGAAGCUGAAAACAACGGUUGAACAGCCUGAUGGUGAUGAAGAAGUUACAGACGAGGAUGAAUCAGCAGAUGCCAAUGAAAAUGUUCAACAGAAUAAACAGAAGAAAUCUAAUAAAUUGAAACUUAGUCAAAAACUUUCACAAAUUGUAGGAAUGACCAGUGUUCACUUUACCAACACACAGGAGAUACCUUCAGGGAAAGGGAAAUUCACAGUUGUAUCCCUGGUUGAAAAGAAGAUAAGUCGAUUAUUAGAUGGUGAAAUUGAUGCAGUGAGUCGCUACACGAGAUCAGUGUUGAUACGUACGUAUCCUGAUGGAACAAGAACAAACUCCAGUAACUAUAACCCUGUACCUAUGUGGUGUGGAGGCUGCCAAGUAGUGGCCUUGAACUUCCAGACUGGAGGUGAGGAGAUGCAGCUGUUACAUGGCAGGUUUCUGGACAACGGUAACAGUGGAUAUGUGCUGAAACCCCAAUGCUUGCAAUCAGAUGAAGGGUUCAAGACUGUUAUGGGAACAAAACCUUGUGCACCUAAACGGUUGAUCAUAAAGGUUAUAAGUGGGUUCCAGUUACCAAAACCUAAAGAUUCAAAGAAAGGGGAGGUAAUUGAUCCAUUCCUGAAAGUGGAGAUUCAUGGUGUACAGAGAGAUGCUCAGGGAAAGAAAACUACGGUUGUAAAAAAUAAUGGUUUCAAGCCCAUAUGGAACGAAGAUCUGAUAUUUGAUGUGGAGGUCCCAGAGCUUGCAUUGGUUAGAUUUGUUGUUUAUGACAGCGACAGAUACGUGGAUGAUUUCAUUGGAUACUACGUCGUCCCUUUCAACAGUAUUGUAGAAGGUUACAGACAUUUCCCAUUGUUUGACAAGAGUGGAGAUCAGUAUGAGCAGGCAUUGGUGUUUGUUCAUGUUCAGGUUGUAGAUAUGCCACCCCAGCAGGCUCAUUGAUGUUCCGGGAGGCCCGCACCCAUGUCCCCACUAGGCAAGAAAAUACUUGCCAACCUUGAGAUUACCCCAGUUUUAAAGAAAUCAGACAUGGGUAAAUAAAGCUGACUUGUGAGAUUACCCCUUACAGCAAUUAACAGCACUGAUUAUCAUUAUACGAAGGAAAACAAGAGUAUGAUCUCUAGAACCAGACAUAGGCAUUGCCAGACAUUAAAAUAUGAAUAUUUAACAGCAAAAAUGUUGUGCUUGAUUUACAUAUUUUGUUGCAAGGUUUUUCAAUCUUUAAUUUCUGAAUAAUUCUACAAAUUGAAAAUUUAAUCAUUUAUUAUACAGCUUCAUAAUCUUAUGCAAAAAAAAUAAGUUUUUGUGAUAUUCCUAGAAAUGUUGAUUUUUUUUUUUUUCAAAUUAAAACUUUGUCAGUUUUUAUACUAAUUUUUAGCCAUCUAGUGAUAAAACAAUGUUAUUAUUAUGUUUAUUUUUCAUGAUAUGAAUUUAUUGCAGGCAAGUGUUUGUGUAAAUAAUAAUUAAUCAAAUAUAGUAAAUAUAAGGUAAAUACUUUUUAAAUCAAUAUAUGAGCCGUGCCAUGAGAAAACCAACAUAGUGGGUUUGCGACCAGCAUGGAUCCAGACCAGCCUGCGCAUCUGCGCAGUCUGGUCAGGCUCCAUGCUGUUCGCUUUUAUAGCCUAUUGGAAUUGGAGAAACUGUUAGCGAACAGCAUGGAUCCUGACCAGACUGCGCGGAUGCGCAGGCUGGUCUGGAUCCAUGCUGGUCGCAAACCCACUAUGUUGGUUUUCCCGUGGCACGGCUCAUAUGAAGAGAAAAUUGGCACAAUUUUAAUUGGAAAUAAUCUCUGACAAGAACAUUAAGCUAUACCUUUGUUGGAGCUAGAAGAAAUGGAUGAAAAAGCACUUGUCAUGGAAUUUGUAAAUAAACACAAGUUGUUUUAUUAGUUACUAUCACAGUUUGAAUGAAACUUGUAAGAUAAAAAAUUAUGGAAGAAGAUAAAAAUAGCAAAUGCUUUAAUUUGCCUAGCGUAGAAUUUAUGCAAAGCUCCAGGUGUGGAAUGAGCUGAAUUGCCAGUUUUCAUUGUAAUUUAGUUGCUAUGGCUACAUAACAUCAUUUAAACAUUUUUGUUUAAAGUAACUGUUUGUGAAAAAUAUCUCAGAAUGCAGUCAGACCUGUCUAUAAAACCAUCCUUAGGAAAUGGAGAAAGUGGUGUUUGUUAAACAGCCAGGUAAAAUUGUACUGUUUGUUGGUAAAUGGGUUGAGAAAAUUGAGGCAUUUCAAGACACUAUAUAUAGUUGUGGUCUUUAUUUAGAGGUGGUCUUUAUACAGGUUUGACUGUAAUAGUGGUAUAAAGAUUUUUUCCCUUGCAAACAGACUUCCAAUUACUAGUUUUUAAAAGAAAAUAAAACCAUAGGGAGGUCUUGAUUUUCUAUUUAUUUAUUUUAAUAUAAGAUAUAUUUUAUAAUCAGGAAUGACAAUAUUUGAUAUAAUGAUGUAAUCAAGGACAAGUCAACUGUAAAUUUAAUGUCUGAAACAUCAACAUGUGCUCUUUACACCACUGCUUCUUUAGGCUCAUAAUAUAUAUGAACCGCACCAUGAGAAAACCAACAUAAUGGCUUUGCGACGAGCAUGGAUCCAGACCAGCCUGCGCAUCCGCACAGUCUGGUCAGGAUCCUUGCUGUUCGCUUUCAAAGUCUAUUGCAAGUAGAGAAACUGUUAGCGAACAGCAAGGAUCCUGACCAGAUGCUGGUCGCAAACCCACUAUGUUGGUUUUGUCAUGACACGGCUCAUAUCUGGAUUAGCUGAAUAGAAAGCAACAAUAGAACUUCUUUAGAAUUUAGCAGCAUUUACAUAAUUACCUUGUGAUUCCACAUGACUGCAGAUUCAAUAGUUCACUUUGCAGUUUUAUUUGUAGUUUCAAAAGUCAGUGGCCUUGUUUGCAUUAUGAAGAUUUUGUGAUAUAUAACAUAUUAUGUAUAAAGACAUGAUAUGAUAUUAAUUAGUAUUCCUUCUCAAUAGAAUUGGAAGAAUAUCCUUUGGAAGCAUAGAAAUCAGAUCACACUGUUUGCAAAUAUGAGCAAAUCAAAACCAUUAUGAAUAUUUCACAAUACAUGGUAUAAAAUUCUCACAUUCUCUUAAGUAUGUAGACUUGUCUGUGUUUCAGAUGUAAGAAUUUUGGGGAAAACAUUUGGACUGGAAGACGCAUUGACUGUAGUUAUAAUAGAGAAGUAGUGUAAAGUGUAACAUGCAUGUACAGACUUGAGUUAACAGAAAAAAAUCUAAAAAUAGAAUGUAAAUAAGAACUAUAUAUUCAAUAUAUUAAGGGUGAGGGCCUCCUUUAGAUAAUUUUGUAAUACAAUAGACAAUACAUGCAUGUGUUAAGUUAUUCAGCAUGGUCAUUAUUUAGUUGAUUGUUUCUUAUACUCCUUUUGUACUUACAUGUUGUGAACUUGUGCUUGUUUAACAAAUGUCUUCACGGUUGUUAUAUUUCCAAACAAUAUUUGGGCGUUGUGUCAUGGCAAAUUUUUAAUGUGGUCAGAUUUGUUAUUUCCGGCCAGAGGGGCCUCUGUGGCCGAGUGGUUAAGGUCGCUGACUUCAAAUCACUUGCCCCUCAUCGAUGUGGGUUCGAGCCUCACUCGGGGCGUUGAAUUCUUCAUGUGAGGAAGCCAUCCAGCUGGCUUACAGAAGGUCGUUGGUUCUACCCAGGUGCCCGCUCGUGAUGAAAUAAUGCACGGAGGGGCACCUGGGGUCUUCCUCCACCAUCAAAGCUGGAAAGUCGCCAUAUGACCUAUAAUUGUAUCGGUGUUAUGUUAAACCAACAAAAACAAAAAAAGUAAAUAUUUCAGGCCAUUGUGGCCAUGUCUUUGCUUCACCUUAAAGUCACCUAGAUACAUGUCUAGAUGGUUUUACUGUAAUGUUUGAUUCUCACUUUGUAAUAGUAUAUCUGUUUCCAUGAGAUUGUAAAGGCAUUAAGAUUAGCAGGGUAAAAGCUGUAGGACAAAGCACAUGCAUGUAUUUUCUUUCUUGUCUUUAUUUUUUAUAUUAGUUUAUUGUACAUAUAGUAAUUAAAGGUGUUUUUUUCUGUAAUUUUCAGUUUGUUUUUCCAGAAACUGUUGUUUAUUUUGUUAUAUAUGUUUUCGUAUGAUUAUACAAUGACAGAUAUAUUUGUUAUUUUAAAUUCAAUAAUGUGGCACUGUUGAAUUUUGUUUAUUCUUAAAAGCAAAUAAUUUUUCUUUUCAUAAUGAAAUAAAUGGUUGUGUUUUAUUGAUUUUUUUUAUCAAAAUGGAGUCUAUGUAAUACUGUAUUAUUUUAUAUAUAUUGCAAUCUUGGUAAAAAUUGCUUGAACAUGGUUGUGUACUGUUGUUAUUAAAAAUUAAAACUGAAAAGUAUAGAUUUGGUUUUUGGUAAAAAUUGGUGAAGUGUUAAGGCAUAAUGUUGGAUGGGGAAAAAGUGGUGCAAGUAGGAGCCAGUCCCUCAAACCUGCCAACUAUGUUAUUAAUACCAAAGCACAUGUUCACACUCUCAGUUUAUUGAAAUAAUCUAAUAUUAUCAAGUAUAUGGAUUGGUAGGUACAUCAGUUAGAUUGUUAUCAUUGAAGCUUUCAUAUUAAAACAGGGAAAUGAUAUUUCGUUCAAUAAGGUUGCAGUUAUAUAUGAAAUUCUGCAGUAAUUAAAGUUCUUGCUAUGCAAUUUAGUAGUAGAGUAAUAACUAUUUAAGGAUUAUAUUGUAUGUUUUGAUUGUUUGAUUUAUUUGAAACUGUGUUUAUACAGACUUUUAUUUUGACCAAGUUUAUGUUGUGUUCUGUUUAGGAAUUUGUUCAAGUAUUUGUACAUUUGUGCCAUUGGGUUGUGAAAAUCAGGUCUCCACGUCCUGUAAUGAAAAUACAUCAUUUUUUCGCUUUAUGCUGCAUCAACUUGUAUUCAUUUUCCCCUCAUUCUUUAUCUCAUUUAACUCAUGUUUAGAACAUAAUUAGAAAACAUUUGUGGUCUUAAUCGAUGAUUUACACCCAAUAAAUUAUUCCUACUACUUUUUAAAGUCAGUCAAUUUUUUCUUUUUACAGACAUUUAAUUAUACUUAACAGAAUUUUGGACCUUACUUCUUAUGAGAAAAUAUAUUUAAACCGUUUUAAACUGUCUUGAGAUAAAAUGGUUUUGAUUUUACUGUGAUUUAAAAAAAAAAAGAGUCUGAUAUUACUAGGGAUCAUUGACAAGUAGUUGUGAAAAAAAUAUUAAUCGGCCUAAACAAGGUAAUAAAGUGUUUAUUGCUAGCAUAUUGUGUACUGUAUCAGCUUUUAGAAAAAUUUUACUUUAAAACAUAAGGGUUGUUUUUCAUAUUUACAGAUAUCAGUUUAUUUAAUACCUGUCAUUUUACUACUUAAUACAUUUAGUUAAUAAAAUUUGAUUUUUUAGAUUUAUAUACAUACAGUGAUACUUUAUAAUGCCUAAGUAAUAAUUUAUAAUGAUAAUAUAUAUACAAUUUCAGAUCAUUAAAGUUCAUAUUAAAUGUUAUUGUGAUGAGUUUAUUUUUUCAAAUUUGAAAAUUUUACUUCAAAACAUAAGGUAUGUUUUUCAGAUUUACAGAGAUCAGUUUAUUUAAUACCAGUUAUUUUACUACUUACAUUUAGUUAAUAAAACAUUAUAUACAUACAGUGAUAUUUUAUAAUGCCUAAGUAAUAAUUUAUAGUGAUAGUAUAUAUGUACAGUGCAACCUCUGUAGAGCAACACCCUUUGGGAGAUACAAGUAUUGACUGCUAUUUAGAGGUUGUUGUUCUGGAGAGGUAAAUUUGAUAGUAUAUUUCAGCUUAGGGAAAUUUUGAUGAUGUUGUUAUAGAGAGGUUUUUGCUUAAGAGAGGGCCAUUCUGGAGAGGUUGUACUGUAAUUUCAGAUCAUUAAGCAAAAUUCAUAUUAAAUGUAAUUGUGAUUAGUUUAUUUUUCCAAAUUUGUCUCAUUUGCUCAUAAUUGUAAAUAUUCAAUUUCUUUGAACAUUGAUAAUAUUGUUUUUCUACCAUGUACUGGACAUUACAGUCGUGUAAGAUACUUGGGUUAAUUUUUUUCUUUAUAAAGAAGAAAGCAAAAUAUAAUAUCCACAAUUUAUUCAAACAUUUCCUUGCAAAAAACCUUAAAGGUGAAUUAUUCAAGUAAAAUUUCCUGACAUUUUCAAAAUUUGAAUUUUGUAAAAUAUUGGGAUCUUUAAUUAUGAAUCUCUGUAGGUGUAAUCCGGUAUUAUAGCCCUGCUGUAUAUUAGUAAUAUAAAUGUUAAACUGCUGUUCAACUGUUGAUACAGUUUUUUUUUUAUUCAAAAUCAUGUUUCAUUAUCUAGUAGAAUAAUCAUGUUUUAGUUUAGCAAUCACAAAUUUAUUACCUAUAUACAACAUAUAAUAAUUAUAGUUAUUGCUUCAUACACUUUACAUUUGUUAAAAUUAAAUGCAAAAACAAUAAAAGACGUAUUUUUAUAUGAACAAA